AUGGAACUUGCAAAAGAAUUUGUUGAGUUUAUUAAUAAGGCCUGUACCCCGUUUCAUGUGGUUGAGGUUAUUUCCUCUUUGUUGAUUGCUGCUGGAUACAAACUUCUCAAAGAAGGUGAAGCAUGGCCCUCUAUUAUGGCGGGCGGGCGGUAUUUCGUUACGAGAAAUGAUAGCAGUCUGGUUGCAUUUUCUGUCGGGGGCAAAUUUGAACCUGCUAAUGGUAUAAAAAUUGUGGGGGCCCAUACGGAUUCUCCGGUCCUUGCAUUAAAACCAAGAACAAAGGCUGAUAAAGGGGAAUAUCAGGGUAUUGCAGUUCAGUGUUACGGUGGUGGCCUAUGGCACACGUGGUUUGACCGAGAUUUAACAGUCGCCGGCAGAGUAUUUUUAUCUUCACCCAAAUUGGAAAAACGUCUUGUGAAUUUAAAGCGGCCAAUUGUACGGAUUCCUUCCCUUGCAAUUCACCUUCAAACAGCUCAGGAACGUGAAGCAUUUGCGCCAAACAAAGAAAAACACUUGGUUCCCAUUAUUGCAACCGAGGUUUCGGGUGCCUUAAAUGGGGAUAACAACAAACGCCACAGUUUUCAUCUAAUGAAACUACUUGCAGAGGAAUUGGGUUGUCUCACGGAGGAUAUUGUGGAUUAUGAUCUAAGUGUUAUUGAUACUCAGCCUGCAACAAUUGGUGGGGCAUGUGAUGAGUUUAUUUUUGCGCCACGUCUGGACAACCUGAUUUCUUGUUUUUGUGGUAUAAAAGCUCUUCUCCAAGCGGACAGGAGUCUGGAUACUGACAACAUGAUAAGAAUGGUUUGUCUUUUUGAUAACGAAGAGGUUGGGUCUGAAACCACACAGGGCGCAGGUGGAACCCUGGUUCCAGACUUGAUUGAACAUAUUAUUGCUUCAAGGGCACUAAGAUCCACGCUUGUGGCAAAUUCUUUUUUGCUUUCCGUGGAUGGUGCGCACGCGCUUCAUCCAAAUUACAAAGACAAGCAUGAAGAAAAUCAUCGACCUCUUCUUCAUCGCGGGCCUGUUAUUAAAUACAACGCAAAUAUGCGUUAUGCCACAAAUGGAGCUACCGCUUCUUUAAUAAAGUCGAUAGCGAAAACAGCAUCAAUUCCCAUGCAAGAAUUUUGUGUAAAGAAUGACUCUUCAUGUGGUUCAACAAUUGGGCCCAUUCUUUCUUCUUUAUCUGGAAUACGAACUGUUGAUAUUGGAAACCCGAUGUUGAGCAUGCACAGCAUUCGAGAGAUGUGUGGGACGACGGACAUCUCUCACUUGGUGAACUUCAUCGAAGCAUUUUUUAUCUCUUAUGGAAGUCAUGCGAUAGAGUCAUGA